UUCAUGUUUUGUUUCUCUCUAUAAAGUAGAACCUUUUGUUCUUCUACAUUAUAGCAGUUUCUUUUCUUCACAAUUUAUAAUCAUGGAUUCAAGAGUUGUUCAUAGUCAUGUGGAAGGGGAGAACGAUGAACAAAACUCACCUAACGUUGAACCAUAUCCAGUGACACUGACACAUGGACCAGAAGAGCCCACUAAUUCUGAGCCUGAGCCUGAGAAGAAGUCUGUUAUGAGUAGGGUGAAGGCAAAGGCUAGGAAAGUUAGGGACAGUAUUAAGAAGCAUGGUCAGAAUGUAUUUGAUCAUGGUAGUGGACAUGACACUGAAACUCAGCAUAUUCCUGAUGAUGAUGGUGACUUGGAUGAGGAUAAACCAAUAGUUCAAGACCAAAAAAAUCGUGAAGUACCAAAUUAUGACAGUGAAGAUGUUAAGAGUGCUACGCCUACACCUGAAUCUGAGAAAGUUGAAAAUUUAGGAAAUUCAGGAAUUGGUUUUGAAGGUACAAAAUUUACAGGACAAGAACCUCAUCAUGCUCCACUAGUUGAAGGUGUUUCUUCAACCACUGAAACCACCGACAAGGCCGAAACAUUUGUUCUGGAAGAUAAGGUAGAGAAACGUGAGGCCAAUUUGGAGAGGCAAAUAGACUUGGAGGAAGAUUCUCAAGAACAAGGAAGUAGAGCUGAGGCAUAUACUUUUCCCACUUACCAAACCAAAGACACUAAUCCAAAUGAGGAAGGAAGUGAUGAAAUAAAAGACAUAACACCACUCGAGGAAUCUCUUGAGAGAAUGAAUGUGCAUGACGAGUCAAAACCUACCACAGAACCAAAAAUCCAGUCAUAUGUUGCUGACACUGAAUACCCUUCUGAUGUUAAAAGCCAUGAUCAGUUUGUGCCACACUUCACUGAUGCAACAAAAACUCAGAAUGAAUAUCCUCAGGAAACAUUGUCCACAGAUAUCAAUAGAGACCAGAAAAUUUUGGAGGAAGAUUCUCAAGAUCAAGGAAGUAGAACUGAGACUUAUAUCCAUCCCAAUUAUCAAACCAAAGACACUGAUCCAAGUGGUGCUGAAAGUAAUGAAACAAAAGACAUUACACCGCUUGAGGAAUCUCUUGAGAGAAUGAAUGUGCAUGAUGAUGAACCAAAUCCUACCACUGAAACAAAAAUCCAGCCAUUUGUUACUGACAUUGAAUACCCUUCUGCUGCUGGAAGCCAUGAUCAGUUUGCGCCACACUUCGCUAAUGCAACAGAAACUCAGAAUGAAUAUCCUCGGGAAACAGCAUCCACAGAUAUCAAUAUAAACCAUGAAAUUCCCUCAGAAACUGAAAAAUCUUUCAACGCCGUCACAAAUACUGUUGGAAAUCAAUCUGAUGCAACAGAAAUUCAGAAUGAAUAUCCUCAAGAAACAACAUCCGCAGAUAUCAAUAGAAACCAUGAAAUUCCCUCAGAAACUGAAGAAACUUUCAACACCUUCACAAACGAUGGUGAAAAACAAGCAUAUUAUGACGAGUUAGUGGAGAUGCAAUCAAAAAGUCACACAGAUGAAGUUGAUGUAAUCUCUUCUGGAACAAAAGUUGAUAAAACUCUCCCUUUUGAAAAUGAUGAAACUUCUAAGCUCAGUAAUGAUGGUACUAGCACUGGUAGUAAUGAGGGAACUGGAACUCAGAAUGAAUAUCCUCGGGAAACAGCAUCCACGGAUAUCAAUAUAAACCAUGAAAUUCCCUCAGAAACUGAAAAAUCUUUCAAUGCCGUCACAAACACUGUUGAAAAUCAAUCUGAGGCAACAGAAAUUCAGAAUGAAUAUCCUCAAGAAACAGUAUCGUCAGAUGUCAAAAGAAACCAUGAAAUUCCCUCAGAAACUGAAGAAACUUUCAACACCAUCACAUACAAUGUUGAAAAUCAAUCUGAUGCAGCAGAAACUCAGAGUGAAUAUCCUCAAGAAACAGUAUCCACAGAUAUCAAUAGAAACCAUGAAAUUCCCUUCGAAACAGUAUCGACAGAUGUCACAAACACUGGUGAAAAACAAGCAUAUUAUGACGAGUUAGUGGAGAUGCAAUCAAAAAGUCACACAGAUGAAGUUGAAGUAAUCUCUUCUGGAACAAAAGUUGAUAAAACUCUCCCUCUUGAAAAUAAAAAUGAUGAAACUUCUAAGCUCAGUAAUGAUGGAACUAGCAUUGGUAGUAAUGAGGGAACUGAAACAAAAAAUGGAGACAAAGGGGCUUCUGUGAAGGACUAUCUGGCUGAGAAGCUAAGGCCUAGUGAAGAAGAUAAGGCACUUUCUGAGGUGGUUUCAGAAGCUUUACAUAAAGGGAAAGAAGAGCCAUUGAAAAAAGAAGAUGGAAUAUUGGCUAGUGAGGAUGAGAAGUCAGAGAAAGUUCUUGAAGAGAGCAAUGCGAAUAGUUCAGGAAAAGGAAUGGUUGACAGGGUUAAGGAUUAUUAUGGAUCUUGGUUUGCUAAACCUGAGGAGAAUCAAUCACCACAGGGUGUAGGCAUUGGUGAAGACUUAUCAAAGAAUAAAGAUCAUGUUGCAGAAGUGGAACAAGUUGGCAAAGGUGUGGAUGAAGGAAGGACACAUGAGUAAUCCAACUGAAGAUCAAGAUACCAGAAUAAAUUUCUCUAUAAAUAAUAAUUUUUUGAAGUGAUUCUGUUACUUGUAAUUAGAUAGUUUGUUCAUUGUUGUUAUAAAAUGUGUAAGUUUGUUGUAUGGCUGUGGAAAUUACUAUUGUUUAUUUUAUUUUGACAAUACUAUAUGCUAGUGUUGUAAAGCUGUACGUUAUGAGAUAAGAUUUUUAAAAAAUGUAUUGAUAUAUGAUUGUACUGUGCAUUUUUAUUUUAAUCAAUAGUGUGAAAUUCAUACUU